UCCCCGAUUCUCUUUCCCAAGUCCUAUUUCCCCGAUUCCCAGAAGUCCUUUCGAAGAAGCCCUCGUCCAUUUUUCCCCAAAUAUUAAAACACACCCAUCCAUUUCUAGGGUUUUCUCCUCCCCUCACUCCCUUCUCUCUCCAAUUUCUCUUUCCAGGAAGAUUGGUGGAUGCUAUGGUGAAGGGGAAGCUGAUACUUAUCUGCCAGUCCGGCGGAAGUUUCGCGACUAACGGCGACGGCAGCCUGACCUACACCGGCGGUGAGGCCAAUGCCAUGAACAUUACACCGGAGACUGUUUUCGAUGAUCUCAAGCUUAAGCUGGCCGAGGUUUGCGACCUUGACCAAUUGUCCGUCUCAGUCAAGUACUUUCUCCCCGGGAACAAUCGGACUCUCAUCAACUUGAAGUCCGAUAGGGACUUGAAGAGAAUGCUCGAUUUUCAUGCCAACUCCGUUACCGCCGAGGUUUUCGUCAGUGGCAAUCCGGGGUUUGAUCGCAGUGUCGUCAGCGCCUCCACCAUUAGGGCAACGGGCGUAAAACUGGCUGAGACUGUAAAUCAUAAUGAUUCGCCUGCAGAACCUGCUGCUGGCGUGAAUAAUAUGUUUGAAGUUGCUGUGAAUUAUGCGUCACACCCUCCUGCUGCUGCUGCUGGUGCUAGGAAGAUAAGGAAGAAGAGUGGUGGCCGGAAACUGUUGUCAGUCCCUCCUGCUGAUUCUGCAGAAGAAGAAAAUUCCUGCACUGAAUCGAGUACCCAGUCUUCUGACCAUGGUUCAGGUGAAGAUUCGGACUAUGCUCCACGCAGACGGGCUAAGUCUGGGGCAAAAGGAGACAGUGAUUGUGACUUUGAUGAUUGUGGUACCCCUGCUGAAAGGGUUAAGAAGAGGAGACGCACUACUGGUUCAAACAAAGUUGUGGCUGGUUCUGGGAAGAAAAGGUCGCGCAAGAAAAGCAAUGAUGGGUCUUUGACUAAUGUUGUUAUAGAGGAUGACCUGGAAGAGAGCAGGGCAUUUGUUAUGCUGUCAGAUGAAGAUCUGAAUGGUGAAGAAGAUUUGCCUGAAAAGCUAGUGGCAUCUUGGAAGAAAGGCAUUACUGGUGUUGGUCAGGAUUUCAAAAGUGUGAAGGAGUUCCGGGAGGCAUUGCAAAAGUAUGCCAUUGCAAAUCGUUUUGUGUACAGAUUGAAGAAGAAUGAUACUAACCGUGCAAGUGGUAGAUGUGUGAUUGAAGGCUGUUCUUGGAGGAUACAUGCGUCCUGGGUUCAUGCUGAACAAGCAUUUAGGAUCAGGAAGUUCAAUGAUGAACAUACAUGUGGAGGGGAAUCUUGGAAGUCUGCUCAUCCGGGAAGGAAUUGGUUGGUGAGCAUCAUUAAGGAAAGGAUUCGAGAUUCUCCAAAUGAAAAACCGAGGGAAGUUGCUAAAGGCAUCUUGCGUGACUUUGGAAUUAAACUGAAGUACACACAAGUUUGGCGAGGAAUUGAGGAUGCGAAGGAACAACUUCAAGGUUCGUAUAGGAAGUCGUACAAUCGGUUGCCUUGGUUCUGUGAAAAAGUACUAGAGACAAAUCCUGGUAGUGUCACUAGGCUCAUGGUUAAUGAGGAGAAAAGGUUUGAACGCCUUUUUUUCUCAUUCAGUGCUGCAGUACAUGGCUUUCAAAAUGGCUGCCGACCACUUAUUUUUCUUGAAGCUUCAUCUCUGAGAUCAAAGUACAAAGAGACUCUGCUGACUGCAAGUGCAGUUGAUGCAGAUGAUAGAUUCUUUCCAGUUUCUUUUGCCAUAGUAGAUAUUGAAAAUGAUGAUAGUUGGCGGUGGUUUUUGGAGCAACUGAAGACAGCAAUUUCAACUUUGCAACCUGUGACUUUUAUUUCAGACCGAGAGAAGAAUUUAAAGAACCAUGUGCUUGAGGUGUUUGAGAAUGGUUAUCAUGGCUAUUCAAUUUUUCACCUCAUGGAGAGCUUGAAGAAAAACAUGAAGGGCCCAUUUCAAGGUGAUGGUCGAGGAGUUAUACCUGGUAUUUUUCUGGCUGCUGCUCAUGCCUUCCGACUAGAUGCUUUUCAAAUCUUCAUUGAGCAAAUUAAACAGAUCUCCUCAACCACCUAUGAUUGGGUUAACCAGAUUGAGCCAGAGCAUUGGACAACGUUAUUAUUUAAGGGUGUACCCUAUAAUUAUAUUACACAUAAUGCAGCAGAAACGUACUCCAAGCUGAUUGAGGACAUGAGGGGAUCGACCAUAAUGCAGAAGAUAGAUGCCCUGAUAUGUAUGUUGAGUGACCAGAUAAAUCAUCGUAGGGAAGAGUCUAGCAAUUGCUUUACCAAACUUGCUCCAUCAAAAGAGAAACAGCUACGAGAAAAAGCUAUUAAAGCACAAAGCUUGAAAGUUUUGUUCUCAUCUGAAGUCGUUUUUGAAGUUCAUGAUGACUUGACACAUGUUGUGAACAUUGAAAAUCAGGAUUGUACAUGCCUGGAGUGGAAAUUGAGUGGGCUGCCUUGUUGCCAUGCUGUUGCUGUUUUUCUCUCAUCUUCCAAGAGUGUGUAUGACUACUGUCCACAAUGGUUCACUGUUGAAAGUUUUCGUUCUGCAUAUUCUGAGCCCAUUAAUCCUAUUCCUGGUAUUGGGAAGCCAGUCGAGGACGAAGUGGAUUCUGAAAGUGCAGAGGUGCUCCCUCCUUCUCCUUCUCCUUCUCGGUUUCCAGUUCAAGAAAAGGAAGAAGAGACCAAGAUAAUAGACCCAAAUAAGAGGACGGUUAUGUGCAGCAAGUGCAAGGAACCGGGACAUAAUAAGGCUUCAUGCAAGGCGAGUUUAUAGUUCAUAGCCAUACUAGUAGUUCGUGCAUCCUGUACAGCUUUCAUAGUUUAUAGUGUUAGCUUGCUUGUGCUGUUAUUGAUAGUUAUGAUGAGGAAAUAACUUAGAUUGCCUUUGCAACAAGCAGUAAUUCUCCCUGUGUAAUGUAAUCAAAACUUCUUUUAACCCUCAUUAGUUAAUUAAAGCAAUUAUUGCCUUUUAGUCAAA